UGGAGUCGUGAAGACUCAGAAGUGAACACAGCAGCGCAAAUACAUCGCUCUAAAACAUUUUAGUUUUUGUUUCCAUUCCAAUAUUUUAUGAAUUUUAUUGCUGUGUGAGUAUAUUAUUUCUAAUUUUAUAAGAAGACAUCAAAGAAGAUGGAACUUAAUUCGCUUUUAAUUUUGCUGGAGGCUGCAGAGUAUUUGGAGAGAAGAGACAGAGAGGCAGAGCACGGUUACGCGUCUGUUUUACCGUACAGCGACGACUUUUCUCGAAAGAAAACGAAACCCACGACGAUUUCCAGAAAGCCUCCGAACAACAGAUCAUCACACAACGAACUGGAGAAGCACAGACGUGCCAAGCUACGCCUCUACUUGGAGCAGUUGAAGAAGUUGGUGCCUUUGGGUCCAGACAGCACAAGACACACCACCCUGAGCUUGCUGAAAAGGGCCAAAAUGCACAUUAAGAAGCUGGAGGAGCAGGACAUGAAGGCUUUAACCAUGAAGGAGCAGCUUCAGAGGGAGCACCGCUACCUCAAACGUCGCCUGGAGCAGCUCUCCGUGUCGGGAUCCAUGGAGCGCAUCCGCACCGACAGCAUGGGCUCCACCAUCUCCACGGACUCAGAGCAAGAGGUGGACAUCGAGGGCAUGGAGUUCACUCCCGGCGAGGUGGACAGCGUAGACUGCAUCAGCGACGGAGAGGAGGAGGACGACGAAGACGAGGAGGACCACUACAGCCUCCAGAGCAGCUCUAAUUACCCCCAGUCUCCACUUACCUCCUCCCCCAACAUCAGACUGGACUGUAACAGCGCUACAUCUUCUGUGUUCCUGGCUACGAUGCUCAUUGACCCCUACUGUCUCUUACCUGACCCCUCCCUCUUGAUCCCCCCCCACCAACCCUUUCCUAAUGUUGCUGCAGGCUCAGAGAGCCCAGAGCAGUCUGUGGGUUGGACCUGAUGGUUCUGGGGUGGGGCUUUGACCUGUUAGUCCGGGCCGGUCCACAUGUAGAAGCUUCAGUGUUGUGACAGAAGACCUGGUUUGUUCAGAACCUCAGAAGUCCUCUUCAUCCUUCAGCAUCAUUCCUCUGCAAGCUGGGGCUCAGACGUUCAACACAAAGUAUCCUAACCUUUCUUCAGACAAACUUUUCCACCAACACUCCUAAAGUUCAGCAGUUAACCUGCUUUAUAAUCUAAACCAUCUGUGAUGAUCUUCUGCUCCACGUGGCUCACAGAGAACAGACGGGUCGUAGCUUUCAGUCCAUCCGGUGUGCACGAGGACAAAGUAUCAGAGCUGCAGCAGGGCCAGACAGAGGUCCAGAUCCUGGGGUGUCCCUCUGGUUGGGCUGCCUAACCACUACUCCACACUUCUGACCACUACACUCCCCCACUCCCCCACCCCUGCUGUGUAGAAGGAUGACGUCAGAGCAAAGGAGUUGUGUCACAGCUGUCACAUGUAGACCAAGUUUCUUCUCAGUAGCUGACCGAUGUAGCAAUAAAAGGUGUCCUCUGGGUGUGUGUGUGGGGAGGGGGGGGGGACGUGUU